GUAUAUGGAGAUUGAUAUUUCGGGUGUAAGUCUUAAAAUAGUUGAAGACAUAAGGGGAAGUUUAAUUGAUGUUGGUAGAAGUAAAGUUAUGUCAUGGCAGAAGGAAAUUAAACCAAUGAAUGUAUCAGGGAAUUCUAGUUAG